GCGACGCUGUCUCGGGAGCCAGUUCAAAAUGAUGCUCUUCUGCGCGACAGUCGUCGUUCUGCUCGACGCAGCCGCGAGCGUGUUCGCGAGUAGUGUGAGUGCUGCAAGUGCAUAUGCCCCCACGGAGUCGACCCCGGGGGCCGCCGGCCCCUACGCCAUCGAUGACCCGAGGUUUUGCCUCCCCUACGACCCCGAUGCGGAUUUGCCCACGCCGAGAAUCAUCUUGCGGCAUGGGUAUCCUGCAGAAAAACACAUCGUGAAAACAGAAGAUGGGUACCUCCUGGAGGUGCAUCGAAUUCCUCAUGGGAAGACCCGCUUCAGGGAUCCUGAAAAACCGCCCAUCCUCCUGCAACACGGUCUCUUGGGGAGCUCCUCUGAUUUCAUUAUCAACGGACCUGAAAAGUCGUAUGCAUACAUUCUAGCAGACCUUGGUUAUGACGUGUGGCUUGGCAACUGCAGGGGGAACACAUACUCGAAGCAUCACGUUAAGCUUGACCCCAAAAGCAAUGAUUUCUGGAAUUUCAGUUUUCACGAAAUGGGAGAAUACGAUCUUCCAGCUGUCAUCGAUUUCAUUUUGAUGACGACAGGACAUCGUGAUCUCCUUUACAUGGGCCACUCAAUGGGAACUACAAUGUUCUUCGUGAUGGCUUCCACCAAGCCCGAGUACAACGAGAAAAUCAGGGCCCAAUUCAGUUUGGCACCCGUCGCUUUCAUGUCCAGAGCAAAAACACCAGUCCGCUACUUGGCACCCUUUGCAGAUGAUUACAUGAAAAUGAUCGAGUGGAUUGGCACCGGUGAAUUUCUCGGGCACACCAGCUUCAUGAAAAAAGUUUUCAAAUACAUGUGCGAAUUUUACAUGCUGGAGGAGAUCAUCUGUGAGCAGUACAUCUUCGUUCUGACAGGAUUUGAUAGGGACCAAUUCAACAGGACAUUACUGCCAGUCAUUUUAGGUCACACGCCAGCAGGUGCUUCAACAAAAACUUUGGUUCAUUAUGCCCAGGAAAUAGCUUCAGCCAAAUUCCGGCCGUUUGAUUACGGACCCGAGGAGAAUCUGGUUAAGUAUGGAACUAAAGAACCCGUAGAUUAUGAUCUGAGUAAAAUUACAACACCGGUGUCUCUCUAUCAUAGCUUAAACGAUCUCAUGGCCAACGAGCAGGACGUUACAGAGCUGCAAAAGCGAUUGCCGAAUGUAAUAAACAGCCAUCAAGUCGAAUAUCCUCAAUUCAAUCACUUGGACUUCCUCUGGGCGACUGACAUAAGAAAACUGAUUAUGGACAGAGUUCUUAGCGACGUGCAAAAGGUCACCGCUUUUGACUUCACCCCGUACGAGUCAUUCUAUGAAACCUUCUCCAAGACCGAAGGAGCCAGUAGUUUCAACGUGACGAAUCUCAUUGACUCGCUUAUUUCUGCGAGACACAAUUCUAGCGUUGAGUUGGGGGACAUCUCGGCCAACUUUCCUGAAGAGGUGCGUUCCUCGAAACUGGUCCAAGCGUUCCUGAUCAACAAGUUGUCGGCAGAGGUGCGACACUCGAAAGAAGAGCUGGUGGACCCGGCGUUGGAAGCGAGGGAGUCAGAGGAUGUGGACGUAGAAUACGAUGACGCCGAAGAGCAAAACGGACCACACGCCACCCUGGGGCCGCUACAGCUCAGCUGGAAGAAGAAAGCUGCCAAAGCCGUCAAAUUCUACGAUAGGACAGUCCAGAUCUUCAAAGCCAAGCUCGCCAAGUACGAGCGCACGUACCAUCGCAAUCUGGAGAAAAUUGAUAAUAAGAUGACGAACGUUAAGGAGAAGUUCUCAAAAAUAAAUGACAGAGUAGGCGAACAUCUGGCGAAUGUGAGCAACCGAUUCGUGGAUGUGGGCAGUCGGUUGGCAAAUGUGAGCAGUCGGCUAGCAAACGUCGGGAACAAGAUCCACGAGAAGUACAACAACACGGCGCACAAGCUCCACGAGAAGUACAACAACACGAUGCACAAAUUCUCACACCGCUACGACAACACGGUGAGCAACUCGCUGAGCAGCAUCAAGGCCAAGAUCGCCGACUACGAGCGGUUCUUCCGCGAGAAGUACAACAUCGAGGCCAAGAAACAGGCCUACGAUGACUUCAUCGAGAGCAUGCGAACCAAGGCCAAGGAGAUCGAGCAGAAGUUCAUGGGCCUGCCCCGCAAGGUAGCCGAUAAGUACAACGAUUUCAAGUCCUACGUCAAGAAGGACAGGACCAAAGAGGAGAUCUCAGGCUCCGAGAAGAAGCGGCUAGACGAAGAUGGAGAAGAAAGGUUGGACUCGAUAGAGAGUAAAGAGACCGAACGAAAGUCGAACCACGACAAAGAGUCCUAGAUUAGGUGUUCCCCCCCCCCCCCCGGGGGGGGGGGUGUUAAGUUUUGUGCAUCACAAAUCGUGCUUAAGUCAUUGCACUCUGCAAAAAAAAAAAUAAAUGAAUAAAUAAUAAAAUUCUGUUCCCAUAUUGAAAAUAAGCAAAGUCAACCGGUGGUAAUCGCUUUUUUGAGGGAUCCCAGCUUGAAAAUUGUUGAUAAGUUGUUUUUUUUUUAAAGUUUGGAUCCCCCAAAAAAAUUGAGCACCAGCACCGAUUAUGCAAUCUGACAAAGUGAUUAGAAGCCCACAUUGUUAGGUCGAGUCAAAUUAGGCUUCAACUUACACGGGGCAAUGCAAGUAAUUUAGAACCAUUCAGAGUCGUUUAAGAGUCAACUGAAGUAAUUCAUAGUCAAUUUAAAUCAAAUAAAUCGAAAAAGGGUCAAUUUUGAUUCAAAAAAAGAGCCGUACUCAAGUCGAUCUCAUCUUACGAACGGGAACAGGAUUUUAAUAAUUUUUACAAUGUAUUCUAUAGAUGAAAAAAGCACAGUGAGAUCAGUCCGAACAUUUAGCCAUUUUGGGGUCCUUUUAACUUUGAAAAACACGCGAGCAAGCAUAUUGAUGUUUAGAAAUUUUCUGCAAGUUUUAAUUCGCACAGAUAAAAUUAAAAAAUAAUACAGAGACCAUGAGAAGAGAUUUGAAACAUCGCAACUGGAGAUGCGCAUUUUUCUACUUUAGCCACCAAUACGCGCAAUAGUGCAAAGCAAAAUUCGUUUUUUAACGAAAAAUAUUUCGAUUUAUAAGAGCAAAUAUCAGGAAAAUCUUCAUAACGUACUACACCACGGAGGGUAUCAAAUUAGUUUGAAUGCAGCAUGUCUACUGAUUUUGUUACUUAGAUCAAUUUCUUUCACCAGAAAUUCCGCACGUUUUAAAUAUGAUGAGCUAGAUUCUGAUAAAUAUAUUUUCAUAAUUACUGGAAUAUUGAACAUCCACAAUUAUUAUCAUGCUCGAAAUCCUAAAUAUCAUUAGAGGGGAAUGCAAAAAAUCCCAUUAAGAAUAUUCCAAUUUAUUUAAAUUAUAGUUGUUGAUAAAACAAAUGUUUGUUUCAUAAACUAAAUAUGAUCUGAUAUCAUAUUCAUCUAUCAUUAUCAAUCAUACCAAUCAUAUCAAGACAUUUUUGAGGCUUUACACGCUAGAAAUCCGGUCUUUAACCGUUACAAGUUUGUAUAGAAUGUUAUUUAAAAAUGCUACUUUGAUUCCAUAAUUUGAGCGACAAUAUUUAAAACUUAUAUGGAAAUUAAAAUAAAAUAUUUUAUGGGUUAAAUGAACGGCCGGAAGGGUACAGACAGAAAUUCGCAUUGAAAAAUCAUUUUUUCCAACUUACCGGAUUAAAAAUUGAAAUGCAGAUCGCUGCCUGAAGUAGGUACUAAAUCUUAAAAUGCAAACAUUUCCGUGCUAGAUAAUGUUGUAGUGCUCAUCAUCCAUUACACUUUUGAUGACCAUGUACGAAAUGAAUAAUUAAAAAUUAAAUAUUUGUGUGGCUUGGCCAAAAAAUAGAUUAGUCAACAUAUCCCGUUUGCUUUGAUCCUGGUGAAAAGUUUUACAAAGUGUUUAGCUUUGAAUAAAGUGGUACAAAUGAACGAAAUGAGGCCCCUACAAGUACUCACUUAAAAUUGCAGUGGUCGUUUUAGACUAUUAAGCGUGCCUCUUCUAAACGCCAAAAACCACAAAUAUACAUGCGUUACCUCUGAGUAGGACGCAUACUGUUCUUUCCCGAAUAUAAUUAUUCUGAAUUCCCGUAGUUAACGAAAGAAAACUGUUUUUAUUGGCAUGGGAGAGGCUACGGGAUUAUACAUAUAAUUCCCGAACUUCAAAGCCAUGGUUUUACAUUUUAGAUUUACUAGCUUGUGUUUUUGCCUGAUGUACCUUUACAAAUUGUCUUUCGUUUUUUAUUACAUUAUUUCUUCUUCAUUCUCUCAAUGUUUAACUUGUACAUAAUGUAUUCUUGUUGAUGUAUUUGUUGUGUUUAAUUGUGAUAAUAAAGUUUCCUAAUUUUUUUACGCCAAAA